AUGUAAAAUUCUAAUGAAGUUGGAUAAUCUUUAGCUAAAAGUCCUGAAGUAAGUGAUAAUGAACCUUUCUAAGAAUUUGCUUAAAAACAAAUAAAAAUGUUUCGUAUACUAUUCACUGAAGAUAUGAAAUCCUGCUUUUAGCAAUGCACUGAUUAAUUUAACAAUGCUUACUUUCUUUACAAUUAUGGUUACUACGGUUGUUGCCAAUUUGAUUUAGGUCCCGAAAUGAUGGGAGGCAGUGGCGAUUAAAUUGGUGAUAAAGGUGCUUCAGGCUUAGGUAUUGCUUUAGCAAAUUGUAUUAAUCUCUCAAAUUUGGCACUUUUUCUUAUAGACAAUAAAAUUGGUGCUUAAGGUGCAUCAGGCUUAGGUUCUGCUUUAGCAAAUUGCACAAAUCUCUCAAAUUUAACACUUCAUCUUAGUAGGAAUGAAAUUGGUGAUUAAGGUGCUUUAGGCUUAGGUUUUGCUUUAGCAAAUUGCACUAAUCUCUCAAAUUUGGCACUUUAUCUUAUUAGAAAUAAAAUUAAUGCUUAAGGUGCAUUGGGCUUAGGUUCUGCUUUAGCAAAUUGCACUAAUCUCUCGAAUUUGACACUUAAUCUUAAUAGCAAUGAAAUUUGUGAAUAAAUUGUAUAAAACUUUGGUUCUGCUUUUACAAAUUGCACUAGUCUCUCAAGUUUGACACUUAAUCUUAAUGAAAAUAAAAUUGGUGCUUAAGGUGCCUCAGGCUUAGGUUCAGCUUUAGCAAAUUGCACUAAUCUCUCAAAUUUAACACUUUAUCUUAGUAGGAAUGAAAUUGGUGAAUAAGGUGUAUUAGGCUUAAGUUCUGCUCUAGCAAAUUGCGCUAAUCUUUCUAAUUUAACGCUUUAUCUUAGUGAAAAUAAAAUUGGUGCUUAAGGUGCAUCAAUCUUAGGUUCUAAUUUAGCAAAUUGCACUAAUCUCUCAAAUUUGACACUUUAUCUUAGCUCUUUUAAUUUGUUUAUUGCUUUUUUUUGA